AUGUCCGGCAUUCCUCUCACCGCUGGCAUUGAAGCAUCCAACAGGCGGCCUACACACAAAGGCCCCGGCCCCGCGUUUGAGCCCGGUCCCGCCGAUUUCAAAGCAGCAAAAAAGGCUGAGCGCAGAGCCGAGAAAGAGCAGCGACGCGAAGUUGAGGGUCCGUCUCGCACAGAGAGCAUUGUCCAGUCAAUCAAAGACAAGUUCUCGUCCGAUUCAAAUACGCCUAAAAAUCCAAGGAUAGAGAGGGACCGGGACGGUGUUCCUAUCUAG